GAGGGAUCGAGCAGAUGAUCGUUAGGUUUAGCGCUUACUCUGGGCAAAUAUUGAGGGCGGUUGGGAAAACAAAGGGACGAGGGAAGUGGGUGUAUGUUUGCAAAUUUGCGAUAGCAGAAUAGGUGGUAAGGAUUGGUAUGCCGGUGUGUUCUUUUUCCCGCGUCGUGCACACCGCCUUGCCGAGGAGGACCGCCUCGCCGCCCUCCGUCGCAACCAGGAGGAGUAUGACCUGCUUUCCAGUGCUGACCUUGCUCGCCGCCGUCGUGGCACUGUCACCCCUCGCUCGUCCGACUGUGUCUCGCUGGCAAACCGCACCCGCCGCCCCUAUGGUCCUGACUCUAAGAAGCGUUGUCGUGCCUGCGACCUCGACCGCCGCACCCGUGAGCGUCGAGCCGCUGAUGCUGUCCAGCGCGCUGCUGAAGAGGCCGAAAAGGCCAAUCGUGGUCGCCGUCGUGAAGAAGAGAAGCUCGCCGCUUAGCGCAGCGACUUUCAGUGUUCAAAUGCCGCUCUCUUUCGCCUUCCCCCGCCCACUCGCCCGAGCCUAGCUUCCUCGCCGGUGACACGAUCAGUGCUGUUGAGGUCAUGCUCGUUUUCCUGUGCUUCCGCUGCACGUACCAUCUCGAUGCCGGAGGGAUGGACGAGUGCGAUAACAUCGACAGAGGGGACUUACACUGGAUUCGAAUGCUUAUGAUGAUUUCACAUAUGCAGAAUGUG